AUGUACAGCUUCAAUACUCUUCGACUCUACCUUUGGGAGACCAUUGUAUUCUUCAGCCUUGCUGCUUCUAAGGAGGGUGAAGCGGCCCGCUCUGCACCCAAGCCUAUGUCUCCCUCGGACUUCCUGGAUAAGCUCAUGGGGAGAACCUCUGGAUACGAUGCCAGGAUCAGGCCCAACUUUAAAGGUCCCCCGGUGAAUGUGAGCUGCAAUAUUUUCAUCAACAGCUUUGGUUCCAUUGCUGAGACAACUAUGGACUAUAGGGUCAACAUCUUCCUGCGGCAGCAGUGGAAUGACCCCCGGCUGGCCUACAAUGAAUACCCAGACGACUCCCUGGACCUGGACCCCUCCAUGCUGGAUUCCAUCUGGAAGCCCGACCUGUUCUUUGCCAACGAGAAGGGGGCCCACUUCCACGAGAUCACCACGGACAACAAGCUGCUGAGGAUCUCCCGGAACGGCAAUGUCCUCUACAGCAUCAGAAUCACCCUGACCCUGGCCUGCCCCAUGGACUUGAAGAAUUUUCCCAUGGAUGUCCAGACGUGUAUCAUGCAACUGGAAAGCUUUGGGUACACCAUGAACGACCUCAUCUUUGAGUGGCAAGAGCAGGGAGCUGUGCAGGUGGCAGAUGGACUGACCCUGCCCCAGUUCAUCCUGAAGGAGGAGAAGGACUUGAGAUACUGCACCAAGCAUUACAACACAGGUAAAUUCACCUGCAUUGAGGCCCGGUUCCACCUGGAGCGACAGAUGGGCUACUACCUGAUCCAGAUGUAUAUUCCCAGCCUGCUCAUUGUCAUCCUCUCGUGGAUUUCCUUCUGGAUCAACAUGGACGCCGCACCCGCCCGUGUGGGCCUGGGCAUCACCACUGUGCUCACCAUGACCACCCAGAGCUCCGGCUCUCGAGCAUCCCUGCCCAAGGUGUCCUACGUGAAAGCCAUUGACAUUUGGAUGGCCGUGUGUCUGCUCUUCGUGUUCUCCGCCUUGCUGGAGUACGCUGCAGUCAACUUUGUGUCUCGGCAGCACAAAGAGCUUCUCCGGUUCCGCAGGAAGCGAAGACACCACAAGAGCCCCAUGUUGAAUCUGUUCCAGGAGGACGAGGCGGGAGAGGGCCGCUUCAACUUCGCCGCCUACGGGAUGGGCCCGGCCUGCCUGCAGGCCAAGGACGGCAUCUCGGUCAAGGGCGCCAAUAACAACAACACCACCAACCCUCCUCCUGCGCCAUCGAAGUCCCCGGAGGAGAUGCGGAAACUCUUCAUCCAGAGGGCCAAGAAGAUUGACAAAAUAUCCCGCAUCGGCUUCCCCAUGGCCUUCCUCAUCUUCAACAUGUUCUACUGGAUCAUCUACAAGAUUGUCCGCAGGGAGGACGUCCACAACCAGUGACGGGUCUGC